CAUGGACGACGAACAGCUAGUACGCGAUGUCGAAUCGCGCAUACCCUCACUCCCCAUCGCUUACUGGAGUAAGAAUAAAAAUUUCCUACAACAAAAAUCUUCAACAUGUGCCAAAUAUCCCUCCAUCUUUGAGCUGGAAUUCAAUAAUAUUUAUUGGCAAACUAUGCGUACCUCAAAUGGUACGUUCCAGCUUUUUGGAGCCUACUAUGAUAUACGUAAAAAUUCCCUAUUAGGGCCCUCAGUACGUAUUUUGGGAAUGAUUGACCGCAUUGAACCUAAAGUCAAGACUUAUUGUCAAUUUUGGUUUGAUGGUCAAAAGGAACCGUUCAUAGUAAAGACUUAUGAGUAUAAAUAUAUUUGGUACAAAUGGGGUAAUUAUAAGCAGGGCAUUUACCAGCCCUAUUUGAUCGCCUGUCAAAUACCCAAACCCUUUCAUGGCGUAGUGCCCAGUUCGGUGUCGAUGGUAGAGAAAGAAUGUGAUACCGCCACUAAUAAUUUGAGAGUCAUCUAUAACCGUCCCCCUGAUGACCAAAAGAAAGGAUUUGCCGUCUGUGUUAAGGGUUUGGAUUUCUUGUAUGAUGAUUUGUCUGUACGUUUGAUAGAAUGGAUUGAAAUGUUAAAUAUUUUGGGUGCCGAUAAGAUCUAUUUCUAUAAUUUACAAGUUCAUCCUAAUAUCUCAAAGGUGUUGCAUCAUUAUGAACAGGAGGGUAAGGUACAAGUUAUACCUUUGACUUUACCCGGAGGACAACCCAAUGUGCCGGGUUUUCAACAUUUAUAUUUGACCAAGAAAACGAAUCAUAAACGCCAAAAUGAGGUUAUACCCUACAAUGAUUGUUUGUACAAAAACUUAUACCUCUACGAUUAUAUAGCACUACUCGAUAUAGACGAAGUUAUCAUGCCUAAAGGUAAUUUCGUUUUAUGGUCCGAACUUAUGGCCAAAGUAGUGCCCGAAUCUUUAAAGGCCCGCCCCGAGGGUUAUCACAGUUUCAACUUCCGCAAUGUGUACUUUUUGGAUGAUCAACAGCAUGAACAUGGUUGGCAUAAGGAUAUACCCAAAUAUAUGCAUAUGUUGCAGCAUGUACAUCGGGCCAAAAACUAUACGAAACCCAAUCAAUAUGUCAAAUGUUUCCAUAAUCCCGAAAAGGUAUUAACCCUACACAAUCACUUCCCUUUGGCCUGUUUGGGUGGUGUUUGCAAAUCAUAUCCUGUGGAUAUACAAGAUGCCCAUCUUCAGCAUUAUAGAGCUGAUUGUGUUAAUACUUUGAAAAAAUCCUGUGAGGAAUAUAGAGAAAACUCGGUGGAAGAUAAAACCAUAUGGAAGUAUAAAGAUGAGCUAAUAAGAC